CAACAGGACUCCACAGAAUGGAGCAAGAAUGAGAGGAAAAAGGCAGACAGAAAAGCAUGAACUGGAGGCUUGUUGAGUUCCUCUACCUCCUGUUUAUAUGGGACCAUAUACUCGUACAGCCCUCCCACCAGGACCCAGCUGCUACCAACCAACAUGUCUCCAAGGAGUUUGAUUGGCUUAUUUCAGACAGGGGGCCUUUCCACCACUCACGGAGCUACUUAUCCUUUGUGGAAAGACAUCGUCAAGGAUUUACAACCAGAUAUAAAAUAUACAGGGAGUUUGCCCGUUGGAAGGUGAGGAACACAGCCAUCGAGAGGAGGGACCUGCUCCACAACCCACUGCCCCUCAUGCCUGAGUUCCAGAGGAGCAUCCGCCUCCUGGGCAGGAGACCCACCACGCAGCAGUUCAUCGAUACCAUCAUCAAAAAGUACGGCACCCACAUCCUCAUCUCUGCCACCCUGGGAGGAGAGGAGGCCUUGACCAUGUACAUGGACAAAAGCCGCCUCGACAGGAAGUCAGGGAACGCCACGCAGAGCGUUGAAGCCUUGCACCAGCUCGCCUCCUCCUACUUUGUGGACCGUGAUGGCACCAUGAGGAGACUCCAUGAGAUCCAGAUCUCUACCGGAGCAAUCAAGGUAACAGAAACUCGGACCGGCCCCCUGGGCUGUAACAGCUACGACAAUCUGGACUCUGUGAGUUCUGUCCUUCUGCAAAGCACUGAGAGCAAACUCCACCUGCAAGGUCUCCAGAUCAUCUUCCCUCAGUAUUUACAAGAGAAGUUUGUCCAGUCUGCCUUGAGUUACAUCAUGUGCAACGGGGAGGGCGAGUACAUCUGCCGGGACAGCCAGUGCGGCUGCCAGUGCUCCGAGGAGUUCCCCCAGUGCAACUGCCCCAUCACCGACAUCCAGAUCAUGGAGUACACCCUGGCAAACAUGGCCAAGACCUGGACAGAAGCCUAUAAAGAUCUGGAGAAUUCAGAUGAGUUUAAAUCCUUCAUGAAAAGGCUACCUAGCAACCACUUCCUGACCAUUGGGAGCAUCCACCAGCACUGGGGGAACGACUGGGACCUGCAGAACCGCUACAAGCUGCUGCAGAGCUCCCUGGAAGCCCAGCGCCAGAAGAUCCAGCGCACUGCCCGCAAACUCUUUGGCCUCAGUGUCCGCUGUCGGCACAACCCAAACCACCAGCUGCCUAGGGAAAGGACGAUACAGGAGUGGCUCACCCGGGUCCAGUCCCUGCUCUACUGCAACGAGAACGGGUUCUGGGGAACCUUCCUGGAAAGCCAGCGGAGCUGCGUUUGCCACGGCGGCACCAGCCUGUGCCAGCGCCCCAUCCCCUGCAUCAUCGGGGGCAACAACAGCUGUGCCAUGUGCAGCCUGGCCAACAUCUCCCUCUGUGGCUCGUGCAACAAGGGCUAUAAGCUUUACCGGGGUCGCUGCGAGCCUCAGAACGUGGACUCGGAGCGCAGCGAGCAGUUCAUCAGCUUCGAGACAGACCUGGACUUCCAGGACCUGGAGCUGAAGUACCUGCUGCAGAAGAUGGACUCCCGCCUGUACGUGCACACCACUUUCAUCAGCAACGAGAUCCGCCUGGACACCUUCUUCGACCCCAGGUGGCGCAAGCGCAUGUCCCUCACCCUGAAGAGCAACAAGAACCGGAUGGACUUCAUCCACAUGGUGAUCGGGAUCUCCAUGCGCAUCUGCCAGAUGCGCAACAGCAGCCUGGACCCCAUGUUCUUCGUCUACGUCAACCCCUUCAGCGGGAGCCACUCGGAGGGCUGGAACAUGCCCUUCGGGGAGUACGGCUACCCCCGCUGGGAGAAAAUCCGCCUCCAAAACAGCCAGUGCUACAACUGGACCCUGCUGCUGGGCAACCGGUGGAAAACCUUUUUUGAGACCGUGCACAUCUACCUGCGCAGCCGGACUCGGCUGCCCUCCCUGCUGCGGAACGAGACUGGCCAAGGGCCCGUGGACCUCUCCGACCCCACCAAGCGCCAGUUCUACAUCAAGAUCUCGGACGUGCAGGUCUAUGGCUACAGCCUGCGCUUCAACGCCGACCUGCUGCGCAGCGCGGUGCAGCAGGUCAACCAGUCCUACACGCAGGGCGGGCAGUUCUACUCCUCCUCCUCCGUCAUGCUCUUGCUGCUGGAUAUUCGGGACCGAAUCAACAGACUGGCGCCUCCCGUGGCCCCGGGGAAGCCCCAGCUGGAUCUGUUCUCUUGUAUGCUCAAGCACCGCCUGAAGCUCACCAACAGCGAGAUCAUCCGCGUGAACCACGCCCUGGACCUGUACAACACCGAGAUCCUCAAACAGUCGGACCAGAUGACGGCCAAACUCUGCUAACCAGGACUUAAUCCAUGUUGGACACAUGUUGGUGAAUCGAUCCUUUUGCUGUAUAAAAAAAUUCAAAAAAAAAACAAAAAUAAAAGAGAAAAAAGAGAAAAAAGAGGAAAAAAAAAAACAACAAACCUGAAAAAGCAAGAACGAGAGGCGGGGGGAAAGCAUAAAGAGAAGGGGGGAAAAACAAGGUUUGUAAAAUGUAAUUAAUAUACAAAAGAGGAAAAAAAAAAAAAGAGGAAAUUCUUCAUUUGUUGAAAACUAAACCCAUUCUAGCAGCUGUAUAAAACUGUCAGGCAUGUUUGUUAUUUCUAUAAUCCGUCAUAAAAGGGUAACACC